GUUAUGAAACAUGUAUGUAACCACAAACAAAAUCAAACUGGGGAAAUAGCAAAAAUAAGAUGAGCAAAAGUUGCCUAAAACUUUGGGUUAUUUGCUUAAAACUUUAAUGUAAGCCAUAUAUAGAAUUGGAAACUCUACAAACUCCACUAACCCACAAAAGACAAAAACAACAAGAAAACAACAAUGUCAGUCAUUGUUAAUUUAAACUGUUCUCAUUUUCCCAUGCUUGGAUCUCAUCUGACUACAAAACUGAAGAUCUUCUGUCAAAAAACUCCAAACUCCCCUCUUAUCCAUUGCUCCCUUCAAUCUCUUUGAUCUCAGACCAGACUCUGUCAAUACCAAAUCCAUGUGUUAUUUUACAGCUCAGUCUGUUUCUUGAGAUAUGGCACACAUGAAAGGACCAAACGUACUCUCUACCCAGAUUCAAGGUACAUCCCUCCAGCACCCCUUCCUGUUCUCUGAACUCGCUUAAUAACUAUUGCUUUCUUGUCUCCAUUACACCACUUUUCACUUCAUUUUGCCCAUACUCUUUUGGUCUCUUUGCUACUUAUUGAUGGUGUCUGGUGGAUAUAUAGCUUCAAGAAUUGUGAUUGUGGGAUCGCCGCAUAAGCAGAGUUUGAGAUUGAACUGUUUCUUUUGGAUAAUAUAAAUAAUACAGCUUGUAUGCCAAUCUCGUAAUUGUUCUUCAAGUGUCAUUUUCUUGAAAAUGGUUAAACCUUGUUGGAGACCUCGUGUUGAUGGUGACACUAAUGGGAAGGUUGAUGGAUUAUUGUGGUAUAAGGACUUGGGGCAGCAUCUUCAUGGAGAGUUCUCAAUGGCUGUGAUUCAAGCCAACAGUUUAUUAGAGGACCAAAGCCAACUUGAAUCAGGGCCUCUGAGCUCUACUAGUUCAGAUCCUCAAGGGACUUUUAUUGGGGUUUAUGAUGGACAUGCAGGAACUGAGGCUUCAAAGUUUAUCAGUCGCAAUCUUUUCCCCAAUUUCAAGGCAAUUGUGUCUGAGCAUGAAGACGUAUCAGAAAAUGUUAUAAAGAAGGCUUAUUCAGCAACGGAGGAGGAUUUUCUUUGUCUUGUGAAAACACAGUGGCUCAAUAAGCCUCAAAUGGCAUCAGUAGGAUCCUGUUGCUUAGUAGGUGUUAUAUGCAAUGGACUGUUGUAUGUUGCGAAUGCUGGAGACUCCCGAGCAGUGUUAGGGAGAGCAGAAAGAGGAAGCAGAGGAGUUACAGCCAUACAGUUGUCUAACGAGCACAACGCAAAUAUAGAAUUUGUGAGAAAUGAACUUCGGGCUUUACAUCCUGAAGAUUCUCAGAUUGUUGUCUUGAAGCACAAAGUUUGGCGUGUGAAAGGCAUCAUACAGGUUUCAAGAUCCAUCGGGGAUGCCUAUCUUAAGAAGACACAGUUCAACACAGAGCCUCUACAGUCCAAGUAUAGGCUGCCUGAACCCUUUCACAAGCCCAUCCUCAGUUCAGAACCAUCAGUCUUAGUGCAUAAACUCCAACCAGAAGAUCAGUUCCUCAUAUUUGCUUCUGAUGGUUUAUGGGAGCAUCUCAGCAACCAGGAGGCUGUUGAAAUCGUGCAAAAUUGCCCUCGCAACGGAAUCGCCAGGAGACUCGUUAAAGCUGCACUUAUGGAAGCAGCAAGAAAACGAGAAAUGAGGUAUACAGAUUUGCAAAAAAUUGAUCCAGGGGUGAGAAGACAUUUUCAUGAUGAUAUCACGGUUGUGGUGGUGUUCAUAGAUUCUCAUUUAAUCAGAAGAAGGCCGUUGAACAGUUUUCCAUUUUCAAUUCGAGGAGGAGGAGGAAUGGUCCUCUCCCCAGCUAACUCAUAGACAUAGUCUGCAAGAUUCAGUGCAUCUUAUAUCAGUACCUAUCUAUGGUUUUCUGUUAGAAGUUAGUGAUGCUUAUUAUUACAAUUGGAGGAUCUGUUAGUUCUCCUAAAACAAAAAAAAAAAAGGAUAGUGUUUGGAACUCGGAAUGUUCCCUAAGGACAUGCCUUACAUGAAUGCCUUGGCUGGCGUAAACAGAGAUAAAGAGCAUUGAAUGGAACCAAAUCUAGAUUAACAUAACUGUAUAGAUAUGAUAUGAACCUUUCUUCAUCGCUCUAAAUGUAUGAUCCACCAUUGCUAAAA